UAAGAAGGACCUGUUGGAUGAAAGCAAAAAGGGCAAAACGUGGAAAAGUUACUGGCAGUGCUGAAGUCCAAAACAGAAAGCUAAGACCUGAUACAACAGCUUUUCCCACACUGACAGAAUGGGAGUUGUAGUCCAAAAGAAAAACGUGACCAAUCUUUGGUACAGCAGCCUUCUCCAAACUGGCACAGCCAUCCACCAGGUGUGCUUGGGUAAAAGCUGCCAUCAUUCUGAGCCAACUUCAGUUGUAAACCGCUUAGACACUGUUCAGUAUGAAGCGGUAUAUAAAUGAAGCUGUUUGUUUUUGUUUUGUUUGUGUCCUUUCUGCUGGUGGAUGCUAGAUGCUGUAGUCCAAAUGCAUCUGGAGAAUGCUGGUUUGGAGCCAGGUGCUGUAUAGUCAUUUCCCAAUGUAAUCAAAAUACAAAUACUUUGGGGGGUGGGGGGAGGUGUAAGAUCAGACUGCCUUGACAUCUGCUUUUGUGGAUUCAAUGUUGCUUCAUCAACCUGGUUUCUCCCACCCCAGUCAUCCUCCCAGAUAACAGCUUUGUUGGGAGACAAUGGUUCAGAUGUUUUUUAAAAAGUAGAGUCGAUAUGGGAGAGAACCAGCAUGGUGUAGUAGUUUGAGUGCUGGACUACGACUGGAGACCAGGACUCAAUUCUCCACUUGGCCAUGGAAACCCACUGGGUGACCUUGGGUGAGUCACACACUCUCAGCUCCAGAAACUCCCCAUGACAGAGUAGCCUUAGGGUUACCAUAAGUCAGAAACAACUUGAAUGUACACAACAGCAACCUUAUGGGGCAGUGUGGGGUGCCCUUCUCUCCACUGUGCUGCCCUUAUUUGAAGCAAGCUUUGAAAGCUGCUUCGGUGCUGGUUAGUGAUUCCUAUAUCAGUGGGCCAAGAAUCUCUGGAUUUAAGGCCAGAUUUGCAAGUUGCUGAGCCCUGCCUCCGGAAGCAAUGCAACACAAUGGGCUACCUCUUUUAAAGUGUGGACUAAAACCCAAAAUGGAUCCAUUCACUGCUGCCCCCCCCACCCACCCAACAUGGGAGCUGUUGUCAUUGCCUUGCAGCCUUGGUGCACCGUUUUCCCUGACUGGUUCCUGGAGUUUUGCCAUUGUGUCCCCCCAGAUAUGAACAGGAGGGAGCCUUGAAAGUUGGGCCUGUCUGAAACACUCGCCUUUAGCCGUAGUUGCCUUUGAGCAGAUUCUGUUGCUUUUAAGCUGGACCAGGUGCAUAUGAGUUCUCUGCUGUGGGAGUAUGACCUUUGAUGGUGGAGGGGUGAGGAUCCUGGGUGGUACAUUGCCUGGAGCCAAGAGAAAGCCCCCCCUCCCCAUGCACAGGCAUACACAAACACCACCUGGAGUGCUGAUAUCUUUGCUGCUGAGGCUGCAAUAAGAUGGAAUAAGACGAAGAAGGUUUGCAGCCUCUUGCCAGGGACUUGCCAGCCUCCCACGGGUGGCCAAACCGGUUUAUGUUGGGAAUCCUCAUUCCCAAACCUCCCCUGGCUCAGGGAGGAGGCUGUUUCCCAGCUGGCUUGGCUAAAUCUUUAAUAAGUACUCUCUGUCUCAGUGCUGGGAAUGAAAGCCACUCAGGAACCUGAUCUGGGAGGUGGAAAAUGGCUACCCCACAGAGAAGGUUUGUGGCCGAGUGUGCACAAUUCAUGACAAGCAGGAGUGAUGAGGGGUGGGAAGUCUGUGCUGGGAAGGACAAGGAGAGCCAACAUAGGCCUCCUGUGGCUUACGCUCUAUACGGAUAUAUAACACAGGCUUGUUGUCAUUUGCCAUGAAGUUGGCAGGGCAACCCUAUGACAUCCGAGAACAUCCAGUCACCCACAGCCCUCUAUUUGCAAACCCAGGACAGGGGCUUCCUUUAUUGGCUCAAGUCCAUGUAUAAUGUGGUCUUCCUCUUUUCUUACUGCUGCACACUUUACUGAGCAUUAUCGUGUUUUCCAGUGAGUCAUGUCAUCUCAUGAUAUGUCCAAAGUACCUUUAUUUAGUCAUUUUGGCUUUUAGGGGGAAAGUUCAGGCUUGAUUUGUUUUAAGACUCAGUCAUUUAUCUUUUUAGUGGUCCUCCAGUGCCACAUUUCGAAUGAGUUGUUUUUCUUCCUAUCAGCAUUUGUCCAGUCCAGCUUUCACAGCCACAUAGGGCCUAAAUCCCAUUAUUAGUCCCAUCAAGAAUAGACCCACUGAAUCAAUAAAUAAAGAAAUACCUAAGUGCCAUUGUUUCAGUAGGUCUACUCUUGUUGGAACAAGUAAUAGGGUUUAGGCCUUUCUGGAUUAAUUUGCUCAAAAGCUAGUCCGGUGGUAUUUAAGAGGAUAUUUUUUUUGUAAUUAUUGGCCUGAAGUUGUGUUGGUCCAUAGUGCAGAUCUCUCUCCUCUUUCCCGAGCUGUAGAGAUCGUGUUGAAUAAUGACUAAGAGACUGGCCAUAGAUGUUCUUGGUCCAAAUGUCCCAUUUUGCUGUGAGAUGAACAAGUGGCCUCCAAGGUUUUGGCCUCAGUUUUUCUACCUGUGAGAGGGAGAUAAUGUUACCAUACCUGAUUGCACAGACCUGGAAAAAGUGCAGUUCUCCAGAUGCUGUCAGACUGCAUCUCCCAGCACUCCUCACCAUUGACAGUGCUGGUUAGGCCUGUUGGAACUUGCAGUCCAAAAACAUUUGGGGGUCCACACAAUUCCCACACCGGAUGGCAUGCCUUCCCCUCCCGGUUGUGAUCAGUUUCCCCUCCCACUGCUGAGAGCAAAGUUGUAAAGACUCAUUCUUUCAAACUGCUCUUUUAAGCCAUCUUGAUGUCUCUUGACUUCACAAUAGACUUUAAUGCUGUUGGCCUGGUGGGGAUUAUAAUGCUCUAACUGCCUAAUUUGUUUUUAAGCUGUUUUCAGUCUGAUUUGGAUGAGCCCAACAUGGUUGAGUUGAAAGAGACCCCCAAGAGCAGUGGUUCUCAACCUUCCUAAUGCCACGACCCUUUAAUACAGUUCCUCAUGCUGUGGUGACUUCCAACCCAUAAAAUUAUUUUCAUUCAAACACAAAUAUGUAUUUUUGAUGGUCUUAGGCGACCCCUGUGAAAGGGCCGUUUAACCCCCAAAGGGGUCCCGACCCACAGGUUGGGAACCACUGCCCAAGAGCUAUCCAACCUCAACUUAUUUUUAAACUAUUCCAUGUGUUUCCUACCUGGGACAUGAUUUUUUGUAGUGGAAAGGUGGGAUGAAAAUGUAAUGGUUGAUGUAAAUAGGGGCUGGUGUCCUGCAUUGCACGGUUACAGAUUCGUAACCUAGAGUUAUGGGUCUAUAAAUGUUCCCUACUGGAUUUUCAUGAUCUUGGCACAGUUGCUGUGACCAUAAAUGCCCUCCCCCCCAAAUCCCACCUUAAAUCCCUGGAGGCUGCUCCAUGCAUUAGUAGUCUAUGGCAUGGAUGAAUGGGGCACUUCAAGAUGAUGCAGCCAGGGCACUUUGCCCCCAUGGCUUGUGGGUGGGAGGAAGUUGGCAAUGUCGUUCUGAAGUGCCUUACUUGACCAUGCCACAGAUCUUCAUGGUAUGGAGCAGCUUGCUGGAGUUUAAGGUGGAAUUUAGGGGUUGUUUCCUUAGAUCAUUCUUAGCUAUGUUUACGUAGUCAUGAAUGUAUUGCAAGAUCCCGGCCAUUAAUAAUAAUGAACAUUACUUGGACAAUGGAUGUAAUGAUUUCAGGACAAUGGGGUGAUUUUUGGUCAUUCCCAUGCCCUGCUAACAGUGCAUCUCUCCUGUCUGAUCUAGGUUUCAGCGAGACAGUUAUGCCGUGGAGGUGAGGUUAAAUGACUACUUGGACAUCAUCUGCCCACACUAUGAGGACAGCAGCAUCCCAGUCCACACCAUGGAGCGCUACACCUUAUACCUGGUGGAGCGAGAGGAGUAUGAGACCUGCAAGCCACAUUCAAAGGAUCAGAUCCGUUGGGAAUGCAACCGACCAGAUGCCAUGCAUGGCCCUGAGCGCUUCUCAGAGAAAUUCCAGCGCUUCACACCAUUCACCCUUGGCAAGGAGUUUCGAGAGGGUCAUGAGUAUUACUAUAUCUCAAAACCAAUCCAUCGCCAUGGGGACAGCUGCCUCAAAUUGAAGGUGAUGGUGGCUGGGAAAAAUGCUCGGACGCUGGCCGAUCACAGUCCCACCCAGAAGGGGAAACUUCAGUCAGAUGACCCUGAUGCCCCAAUGCUCCGCAGCGUGGGGCACAAUUCAGCCCCCCGGCUCUGCAGCCCAUUCACUUUUGUUGGCCUCCUGUUACCACUGCUGAUGCCCCCAGGACCCUGAAUGGGGGACCACCUCGCAGUUUGAGCUAUGAGGACUGAACCGUGAGUGGAGGGGAGAAGAUAGAGCUCAACAGCCCCGAGUGAAGGGUGCGAGUAGUUGCUCGUAACCCCUCUUUCAGAAGCUGUAAAGUAGUCAGUAUUCGCUGGCUGACUUCUGCAAUCAAAUCACCGGCAGCUGCUCUCCUGAGUCAUGAAGAAUAUGGAUGGGUAUGGCUCUGGUGAGGCCCUGAGCACUUUGGAACCAUGGAAAUAUUGGUCUUGUUGGGCACAUGAACUCUGUGUGGACUAGAGGGGAGAGAGAUCUAUUUGUCUCUUUGCAAGUAAUGCUACAUGCUGGAUAGACACGGGGCUGUGGCACUGAGCAUCCUGCAGGCCAGAGAUUCUUGGAAGGCCAUGCCAUACUUUUCCAUGUUGGUGGAACUUACAGACUCUAAGAAUGGCACAAAACACAGUGUGAUGUUGGAACUGGCAGCUACCUUGGACUGUACAGUAUGAAUAAUUUAUCGGACAAUAAAAAGGCAGGGCCUGGAUUUGGGGAGAGCCCCCAUGUUGUUUAUUCAUUAAUGACUUCCCCUCUUCUCCACUUCAGCUGAAAGACAGAGGAACUCCAUUUUGUACCCUAGAAGAGCAAACUGGGAACUAGUUUGUUUCAAACAAAACCUCAGAAGCACACAAGAUUCAUUCACUCCAUUUUGGAUCCAGUACACUCCAUCCCUUUUUUUUUUUCACAUGCAGCCAGAAAAACAGGUCCUGAAGGCAGACUGUACACAUGUGCUAUUCAGAGAUAGACUGACUCUGAGCAUGGAGGAUCCAUUUAGCUGUGGAUAGCUAAGACUGACUGGCUUCCAACCAGAAAACUUGUUCAAUUCAGAAAUCUCCAGAGUCAGGUCUGCAAUCUCCUUUGAAUUACUGUAUAUACUCGACUAUAAGUCAACCUCAUGUAUAAGUCAAGGGCAAGUUUUGGAGCCAAAAUUAUGGAUUUUGCUAUGACCCAUGGAUAUGUCAAGGGUAAAACUUAGGGGCAUACAGCAAAGGAUCUAAAGGAUGAAGCAUAGCAAAACAAUGUAAUAGACUUACAAAAUUCCAGCAGACAUAACUCUUUAUGUUUACUCUUAAGGCUGGAUGGAUGAGAGGAUAGAAGGGAUCAGUUCUUCCAGGACAUAUUAUACUCUUGCUUUUCACCAGGGGAUGGCUCCUUCUUUUACAUAAGUGUUAAGAUACAGUACUUACAUUGGCUGAUGGAUAAGUCAACUCAGGUUUUUUUGGGUCAACUUUUUUACCUAAAUUUCUAGACUUAUACAUGAGUAUAUACAGUAUUUUCCCCAAUCUGCUUGUCCUAAUCCAGCCUUUCCCUGGAUGUGGGAAUGUGCAUUUUCUUAACCUGCCUUUCAUGUGCCUCGGGAACUGAAAAUUUCAGGGUGAAGGAACAUCACCUGAGGAGGACAAUAGUUGGCCAUGCACUGUCUGGCACUCAAUAAUAUUACUGGUACAUCACAGGGAGGAGAGUGUUAAUGAAUGGAAAGGGGUGUUUUGAUAUUGGGAGGGGGAUAAUAUUCUGUAAAUGUUUUAUCUGAUGGAUUUUUAUACAGAAUAAAUAACUCAAAAUGAAA